AUGUCAGAUUACUAUAACCAAGCUUUAGAAAUAUAUAAAGAAGAACAACAAGAAGCAGCUGUCGAAGAUACUGAUGCUUGGGACAAACGUAUCGAUAAAACUGGCUGCUAUGUAGAGAAUUUGGCUUUGCAAUUAUGUCACGCAGAUACUAAUGACUGGAGAAAGUGUCUAGGUGAAAUGAAUGCUUUCAAAAAUUGUUGGCAAUCAAAUGGUAAUAAUGAAAGAACUUCAACAAAAGAUGUAUAA